CUUUCGCUCACUUUGAUUUAUCGACGGUUUAUCCCUGAAAAGUCAAUCGACGAGGCUGGAGAAAUUGGAGAUAGGAUGAUGAUUGGAGAAUAGGUAUUAGGUAGCACAUCCAGCGCACUUUGGUUGAAUUGGUCAAAGGAUAGGCAGUAUGGUCAUUAUGUGGGGAUAUCAGUUAACAUCAACAAUAAUCAAAAAAACAGCUCUAUAAUAUAUUAACAACGCCAUUUAGCUGUGUAUUAUAGAUGUGUGGAUAGAUAUCAACAUUUCAACUUCAAUAUGGUUGAGAAACUAAUCAAUUCAAGAAGUGCAUCAGACUUCAAGCAUAUCAGAACUGUUCUGAUCGCAAAUAGAGGUGAAAUAGCGUGUCGUAUCAUAUCAAGUUGUAAAAAAUUUGGUUUGAAAUCAGUUGCUAUCUAUUCUAAGGAAGAUACAGAUUCAUUACACGUUUCACAAUCUGAUAAAGCUGUUUUACUACCAGGAUCUGGCUCUCAAGCAUAUAUUAAUAUUGAUUCAAUCAUCGAUGUUGCAAUAAAAGUUAAAGCUGAUGUUGUUAUCCCUGGUUAUGGAUUUCUCUCUGAAAAUUCCACUUUCGCUCAAAAACUCCAACAACAUGGUAUCUUGUUUUCAGGUCCAUCAGCUGAAUCAGUUGAGGAAUUUGGCUUGAAGCAUAUUGCACGUUCAUUAGCUAUUAAUUCCAAGGUCCCAGUUGUUCCUGGUACUGAUUUAGUAGAAACAUUAGAAGAUGCCAAAGCUGAAGGUGCAAAAAUUGGAUACCCAUUAAUGUUAAAAUCUACUGCCGGUGGUGGUGGUAUGGGUUUGAAAGUUUGUGAAAACGAAAACCAGUUGAAACAAUUUUUCAACGAAGUUAAAUCCAGAGGUCAAAGUUUAUUCAACCAUACUGGUGUUUUCAUCGAAAAAUAUGUUCAAAAUGCUAGACAUAUUGAAAUUCAAUUGUUUGGUAACGGCCUUGGUGAUGUUAUUACCUUUGGGGAAAGAGAAUGCUCAAUUCAACGUCGUCAUCAAAAAGUUAUUGAAGAAUCUCCAAGUCCAUUUGUUGAUUUCGAGAUGAGAAAACAAUUGAGUGGUUGUGCAAUUUCAUUGGCUUCUAGUGUUAAAUAUAAAUCAGCAGGGACAAUAGAGUUUUUAGUUGAUGAUGAUACUGGUGACUUUUAUUUCUUGGAGAUGAACACUAGAUUACAAGUUGAACAUGGUAUUUCUGAGUUGGUUUAUGGGAUUGAUCUGGUAUAUUUGAUGCUAUUACAAUCUGACUAUGAAGCUGCUAAAUCUGGUAUCCCAUUGAAGACUUUACAAGAACAAAGUAAUUCUUCAUGGAGACAUGACCUUUUAGAACCAACUGGCCAUUCCAUUGAGGUAAGAGUGUAUGCUGAAAAUCCUGUCAAAGAUUUCGCUCCAUCUCCUGGGAUCUUACAUCAAGUAGAAUUUCCUCCAAGGGAAAGCAUUAGAAUUGAUCAUUGGGUUUCAACAGGUACAAAGAUUUCUCCAUAUUUUGAUCCGUUGUUGGCAAAGAUUAUGUGUUGGGGUAAAGAUAGGAAAACUGCCACAGAUAAUCUUAUAGCCUAUCUUGAAGAUGUCAAACUUCAUGGUCCACCAACAAAUCUUGCUUACUUGAUUGACAUUUUGAAAACUGAAAAGUUUAAUCAAGGUUUCACAUUAACUUCAUUCUUAAACUCAUUAAAAUUUCAACCAAGCUUGAUUGAGUUUGAAGAGGCUGGUGCUUAUACAACUAUUCAAGAUUUACCAGGUCGUCCUACUGUUAGUGGUGGUAUUCCUCGAAGUGGACCGGUUGAUCCACUAAGUUUACAAAUUGCAAACAUAAUUGUGGGAAAUGAUAAAUAUACUGAAUGUUUAGAAAUCAAUCUCAGUGGCCCAAUUUUAAAGUUUCAUUCCUCUGCAAUAAUUGCUCUUGCUGGUGCAAAUUUUGAAUUCAAAAUCAAUGGUGAAGAUAAACCUUUAUUCACUGA